UUUCACACAACCCCCCACACUCUUCUUAAAACCCCCCCUCUCUCUCUCUCUCUCUUCUCUCUCCAAAGCCACCAUUGCAAUCUCUGAAGAAGCUCUCAACAAUGCUUUCAACUGAAGUAGACUUCGAUCUCAGAUCAUCAAGUCAGUCCAGUUUCGGAAUCAGCGAGUACACAUUUGCCGAUGUGGGAAACUUGGAGCAUUGCGCCAAAUACCUGAACCAGACGCUCGUUACCUUCGGAUUUCCGGCGUCGCUUGAUCUGUUUGCAAGUGAUCCGGUUUCGAUUGCGCGCACUUGCAAUUGUGUAUAUGCACUGUUACAGCAGAGGCAACGUGAUAUUGAAUUUAGGGAGUCAGCUAAUGAGCAGAGACAACGACUCCUGUCUGACAUAUCAAGAUUAGAGGCCAAGGUGGAGAGGCUUGAAGCCCAGUUAUCUGCGAAAGAUAGGGAGAUAGCAACAAUUACUCGAACGGAAGCUAAAGCUACAGCAGCAUUUAAGGCCCAAAUUGAGAAGUUACAGCAGGAACGAGAUGAAUUUCAAAGGAUGGUUAUUGGUAAUCAGCAAGUGAGAACUCAACAAAUACAUGAGAUGAAGAAAAAAGAAAAGGAGUAUAUAAAGUUGCAGGAGAGGUUAAAUCAAGUAUUAAUGGAGAAAAAGAAGGAAUCUAGAUCAGGCAUGGAGAUAAUGAAUUUACUUCAGAAAGAAGGACGACAACGUGGCACAUGGAACGGGAAAAAGGCUGAUAAUGACUUCUAUAAAAAGAUUGUGGAUGCUUAUGAGGCAAAAAAUCAAGAACUAGUGGCAGAGAAUGCUGAUUUGAGGGCAUUAUUACGUUCAAUGCAGGUGGAUAUGCGUGAUUUCCUGAAUGCUCCAAAUGGUCUGUCCAAGCAAUCUUUUCCUCUAAAUGAAAGACUGGAUGCUGAUCCUUCACAGUCCCCAUUGGGUGGGAGGACGGAUGUCUUUGACCUGCCUUUUCACAUGGCUCGAGAUCAAAUAGAAGAAAGUCUCCGAAAUAAAAUGGCUUCCAUAAAGGAGCGUAUGGGUCAGCUACAAGAUGCACAAAAAGGAGCAGAAGUCACUUCUGAAGCAACUGAAAGGGAGCUUGAGCUUGAAGCUCAACUAGUUGAGGCAAGAAGCAUAAUCCAGGAGCAGGCGUCCAUAAUGUCUAAACAUCUCGCCAAGUCUGAGAGGCCAAGGAGAUUGAGUGGCCAUUUGAGUUCUGAAAGGGAUUCAAUCAUUUCAUCACCAGCUGAGGGGGUCUGAAAUCAUCCAAUUGGAGUUGUCGGCUUUAGGUUUUCAAUCUAUAUUGAAACCACAUUGACAUGUUGAGCUCAAUUUUAGCAUAUGGACAUCUAAAAUGCUGUGUACCUAAUCUGAUCAAGUGUCCAAAUGAUAAAUUUGGGUUCUUUGAUAGAACUAAAUGUACUUGUAAACCUUGAUGUCAUUUUAUCAGUAUCUUGCUGCUCCUUAAUUGAAGUGUAUGCAAGAUAGUAUAUUCAUUAGUUUAUUUGACUUGUUUUCGUAAGCGAACUUAGAAAACUUGCAUUACCCAAGCUUGUCAUGGAAUAUCUUUUGAGGUCUCAA